GAAGGGGCGGGGAGCGGGCGGCGGCGGCAGCGGCAGUCGCGGUGGAGAGGCUGCGCGGCCGGCGCGAACGGGACGGAUCCUGCAGCGGCUCGCUCAGGCCGUGGGUCGUCGCUGCAGCUGCCGGGAAAAGGGGAAAGGACUCCGUGGGCGUACUUGGUCGAGCAGGGAGGAGGGAAGGGGCGUGUGAUAAGGGCCUUGAGCGUAUUUGGGGUUGGGGAGAAGGACUUCCAAACUUGUUCCUCAUAUGCUACUAGUUGAUUACCUUUUUGUUGUUGUUCUUUUGGUAGGUUCUAGAGACACCCGGCAUCUCUCGAAUUUCUCUCGACCCUUGUCAGUUGAUUCGUAUCCCGAAAUGCAUGGUCAUGGAGGCUAUGACUCUGAUUUUAGUGAUGAUGAACACGGUGGACGAUCUAACAAAAGGAAAAAAAGGACAGUUGAAGAUGAUUUACUGCUCAAAAAGCCAUUUCAGAAAGAAAAACAUGGAAAAGUGGCCCAUAAACAAGUUGCAGCAGAAUUGCUGGACAGGGAAGAAGCGAGAAAUAGAAGAUUUCACCUCAUAGCUAUGGAUGCUUAUCAAAGGCACACAAAGUUUGUAAAUGACUAUAUUUUGUACUAUGGUGGCAAAAAAGAAGACUUCAGGCGAUUGGGGGAAAAUGACAAGACAGACAUGGAUGUUAUACGAGAAAAUCAUAGAUUCCUAUGGAAUGAGGAGGAUGAAAUGGACAUGAAUUGGGAGAAGAAACUUGCAAAGAAAUACUAUGAUAAGUUAUUCAAGGAAUACUGCAUAGCAGAUCUCAGUAGAUACAAAGAAAAUAAGUUUGGAUUUAGGUGGCGAGUAGAAAAAGAAGUAAUUUCAGGAAAAGGCCAGUUUUUCUGUGGAAAUAAAUGUUGUGAUAAAAAAGAAGACUUGAAGAGUUGGGAAGUUAAUUUUGGUUAUAUUGAGCAUGGUGAAAAGAGAAAUGCACUUGUUAAAUUACGAUUAUGCCAAGAAUGUUCCUUUAAAUUAAAUUUUCAUCACAGGAGAAAAGAAGUCAAGUCAAAAAAAAGAAAGGAUAAAAUCAAAAAAGAUUAUGAGGAGUCAUCACAUAAAAAAUCCAGAUUAUCUUCUGCAGAAGAGACCUCAAAGAAAAAGGAAAAAGGGCAUUCAUCCUCAAAGAAAUCAGAAAAUUCUGUAAACAGAGAUUCUGAUGAAGAAGAAGGUACUUCAGAAUCUGAGCUUUGGAAGGGACCCCUACCAGAGACAGAUGAAAAAUCACAAGAAGAAGAAUUUGAUGACUAUUUUCAAGAUUUAUUUCUGUGAGAUGGAAGAGAGAAACCUACAUUCCUUAAUGUGAAAGUACACUUUGAAACUCUUCACAAAAAUUUUAUCUACAAGUUGCAGCUUGAGUGGUUUAUCUUCAGAAAUAAAAUCCAACUACUCUCAAGA